AUGAAGCUUCUAUUCAAACUUCUUCUCCAGCUCGUGCGCUGCGCCAGCGCUCUUGACUCCGAACCAGACGAUCCGCCGAAACCCUCUCCUGCUUCAGACUCCCAGCAGCAGCAGCAGGAGAAGGAGAAGGCGAAGGAGAAAACCUUGGGAAUUUCAGAUUUAGUUCCAGAGCACUUAAGCCCAGACGUCUGCGGGAAGGACCAGGGUCUUUUCCGUGGUGCAGCGCUGGAGGAAGCGGUGGGCUCCGGUUUAAAUGUCCUGAGCCAUCUGGACAACCACGGAUCAUCUCCCGGUACUUCUGGUGAUAAUGGUGAUGCACUAACAGCCGCUGGGGUCACUAGCAACGCGGCUGUUGACGCAACUGCUAACACAGUCGCUAACGCACCAGCCGAUGCAGCUGUUGCUGCAACUGCAGCUGUAAACGUAACGCCUCCCAAUGCAGGUGCCGGUGUAGCUGUCAGUGUAAAGCCUCCCAAUGCAGAUGCAGCUGGUUCGAAGCCGACUUAUGCGCUUGCUAAGCCGGUGGAGGAGCAGGUUUUGGAGUGGUCUUACAAAGCAGCGAGUCUGCUUUUAAGGAAGUACAAGGAGCUGGAGCUGUUCAAGAAGAUGGUGCAGAAAUCAGCGGACCCGGUCUUGAUAUACAACAUGGAUCACAUUCUCCUCGAGUGCAACCUCUCCGCCCUCCGCACUCUCAAGUACCCCUCCAAGGCCGCGCUCUCCCACGCCAUGGCCACCCCAGGCUACUCCAACCCGCUCUCGCCAGUCCGCCAGCCCGACGGUCAACUCUCAGCCGAAAUCGCUCUGGAGAUCGGCAGGCAGACGGUGGAAAAAGGGCAGAUGGUGGUUAACUGGGUGCAUCUGGCGAGAGACGGGACGGAGGUGCCGGUGCGGAUUCACGUGCAGUGCGUGGCGGUUGGGGAGGAUAAGUUUUUUGUGGCGAACUGGCAUGAUCUGACGGAGAUCAAAAGGCAGGAGGAGGUGCUGCGGAAGGCGAAAGAGGCUGCGGAGGCGGCGAGCGAGGCGAAGAGCCUGUUUCUGGCGAAUAUGAGCCACGAGAUCCGCACGCCCAUGAACGGUGUGUUGGGAGUGGCGGAUCUGCUGCUGCGGACGCCGCUCACAGUGGAGCAGCGCUCCUACCUCGAGAUCAUCCGGUCGUCGGGAGACAAUCUGCUGAGAAUCAUAUCGGACGUGCUGGAUCUCUCCAAGAUCGAAUCGCAAUCUCUGGGCCUGGAGAGCGUCGCAUUCUGCCUUGAGACGUGCAUCAACGAGGCCACGGCGCUGCUGUGUGUCGCUGCCUCGGAGAAAGGAUUGCUGUUGGAGAGCCGAGUGGCUCCAGACGUGCCGCGCUAUGUGAGGGGCGAUCCGGGGCGGCUGAGGCAGAUCAUUCUGAACCUCGUCUCCAACUCCAUCAAGUUCACCCAGAGCGGCGGCAUUCAAAUCGUGAUCCGCCGAGCCACGGAGGAGGAGGUCGCUCGCGUGCGCAAGAAUAGGGCUGCUACUGCAGCCGCUGCUGCAGGAGAGGGCGCGGACGGAGCUGCAGGGGGGGAAGGAGGCGUAGGGGGUGGAGGAGCAAAGGGGGGGAGAGAGACUGCGGGGGCAGCAGCAGGAGUAGCAGCAGGAGCAGCAGCGGGAGCAGCAGUAGCAGCAGCAGCAGCAGCAGUAGCAGCAGCAGCAGGAGAAGCAGUAGCAGCAGCAGCGGGAGCAGCAGUAGCAGCAGCAGCGGGCGGAGCGGGAGGAGGAUUGGGUUUGGUGGAUGCAGGGGGUACUAGGAAGUUUGAUUCGAGGGGGGGAGGGGAGGAACCCAGCGCGAAACGCAGGCGCGUGCAUGGGGCAGCAGGGGCGGGGGAGAAGGGGGGCGGAGGAGCAGCGGCGGGGGAGAAGGGGGAAGAGGCAGCAGGGGCAGCAGACAAGGGUGUGUCGCCAAAAGAGGACGAGCGGAGAAGGGGAGGAGGUGGAGAGGAGGAAAGAGGAGGCGAGGGGAGGGGAGAGGAGAGAAGGCGGAAAGGGAGAGGGGAGGAGACGGAGGGUGACUCAGAAGACGCGGAAUUUGGGGAGAGCGACAGAGAGGAGAAAGGCGGGGUUGUGGCUGAUAGGAGAGAGGCGGUAGGAGGAGAAGGGGCAGGGGAAGGGGGAGAAGGGGGAGAAGGGGGAGAAGGGGGAGAAGGGGGAGAAGGGGGAGAAAGGGGAGAAGGGGGAGAAGGGGGAGGGGGAGAAGGGGGAGAAGGGGGAGAAGGGGGAGAAAGGGGAGGGGGAGGAGGGGGAGAAGGGGAGAAGGGGGAGAAGGGGGAGGGGGAGAAGGGGGAGGAGAGGGUAUGGAUAACGUUCUGUGUGGUGGACACUGGCAUGGGCAUCAGCCAAGAGGCAUGCUCCCGCCUGUUCCGCGCGUUCAUGCAGGGCGAUGCCUCAACGUCCCGCCGCUACGGGGGCACGGGGCUGGGGCUGGCGAUCUCGAAAUCCCUCGUGAACCUCAUGGGGGGGGACAUUCACGUGAGCAGCCAAGUGGGUGCGGGGUCCACCUUCGCCUUCACCAUCCAGCUGCCUGUCUCCACCGCACAGCUCUGUGCGCUCGCUGGGAACGGGGGGCUCAUGGCCAGAGACGACUCUCUCGCAGGCUCGUCAGCCGAUGCAUCAGGAGCAGCGACGUGGGGGGGAGGAGGCGGCAGGACCCGAAGCGGCAACGCCGGCACCACUGCAGCGGCCGCCUCUACAGCCGCCGCUGCUGCUGCUCCCGGUGCUGCUCCCAACAGCGGUCCCUCCACAGGGCCAGGAGGAGAAGGGGGGCUGGGGUUGGGAAGUGAGGAGGAGAGGAAGAGGAGGAGGAAGGGGCUGGCGUGUUUGAUAGCGGAGGAUAACAAGGUGAACCAGAUGGUGGUGGUGCGCAUGCUAAGGGGGCUGGGCGUGGUGUCUGACGUGGCGUCCAACGGAGAGGAGGCGCUGCGGGCGUGUGAGAAGAAAGACUACGAUGUGGUGUUCAUGGAUUGCCACAUGCCGGAGAGGGAUGUGGAUGGGAAUGGGGAGGAGGGGCGGCGGAGGAAGGGGAGUGGGGUGAAGCGGAAGCGGCCUUAUAUCGUGGCUCUCACUGCAAGUGCACUCAUGCACGAACGGCUGAGAUGCACCGAGGUGGGCAUGGAUCACUUUCUGACCAAGCCUGUGCGGUCCAGUGAACUGGAUGGGCUGCUGCAGCAGGUGGAGCGGAGGAAGCUGAUGCUGGAGCAGCGGGAGGAGCAGGAGAGGCGGGCAGAGGAUGAGAGGCAGGGAGAGAAGGGAAAUGAGGCGAGCAGAGGGGAGGAUGGAGGAGAGAAAAGGGAACAGGAAAGUUUGAGGUGA